GGCAGCAAGCACAAUACAGCAGAAGGAACCACAAAGGGAGUGAGGGGACAACACACACCACAGCAAACCACACAGCAAACCACACAAAAAACGACGGGAUGGGGAACAAGCAGUCCUCGGUCUCCAUCUCAGCGAGAAACAGUGCUGGGGAGGACGCCGUGCCUGCAGGCAGACUGUCCACCAGCAGCAAACAACGCGCAUCCGCCCUCCUUUCCCUCCCAAACACUUCAGCCACGUCAUCUGUGCGACAAUCUGUGGACUCCAACGCGCACGAAGGCGCGCCGUCAUCAAACACGACCAGCGAUUGCGGAGGCGCCGUGCAGGAAUCAUCACAGCCGCAGUCACCGUCAGCGACCACCACGCACAGCAGCCAGCAACCUACACACGAAGGACCCGCCAACACAGAGCAAAGCAAGGCCGCCACCAAUGGCGACGCCCCGCCCAUUCUCUUGGCCGGGUACGAGCCGCUGUACCCCAACGACAACGAGGUGUUGCCCGUCGUUCUUGAUCGAGACGAGUCCGGAUUCGGCUUCACCUUCGUUGGCCCCGCCGACUCCGAAGGCAUGACAGGACUUUACAUCACGCGCGUAAAGCCCAACACACCCGCCGCAGAAUCAAACUUGCUCAUGCGCGCACAGCAGAUCCUGGCCGUGAAUGGCGAAGAUGUGCUCCUUGCAUCCAAGUUUGACGUACAGAACAUGCUUCGUCAGUGCGAUACCGUACUGCUGGAAGUCAAAUACGACGCAGAAGGCUUUGCCGUCUACGACCAAGGAGAGGAGCUGCGACGCAUCAGCUUCAUGGUGUUUGCAGAUGCGGAAGCAGAGGAUGGCGAGAACGAAAUUCAAACCUUCAGCGCACGCUACCUGGGACAUGCUUCCAUUCAAGAUGCGCGGCUAGAGUCCAUGCAUGCCGUGUACAAACAGCUGCGCAAAAAACCAGAAAAGAACCACAAGACGAAGCUGCUGCUUGGUGUCGGUGUCAUGGACAUUCGCGUCUUCCCCGCACGCGGCAACCCGAGCCCUGAUCUGGCACGCCGCCAUCUGCUGAUUGAUGUACUGAACUGUGUUGCCUCGAGCAACGUACUUGCGCUCGUGAGCAACGACCUUGUUGUCAAUAGCCACCGUCAGAAGACGUGCUACAUCUACACCCUCAAGAACAAAAAGGAGGCUGCGCGGGCCGCUGACGUCAUUUCUGCCCGCUGCAACGCUGGGUUUUCGCGCGUGCAGCGUGAGCUGAGUCGCCAGCGCCAGCGCACCCAAUCCAUGCACAUGACGCGCGAGAAGCGGCUCUCCAUCCGCAGAAACUCUAUGCGCACGCGCGCGGCCACCACCAGUACUGCCCAACGCAAAGCAAGCACAACCUCCACAGGCGCUCCUGCGGGCCCCAAGACAGGCUCACUGCGCGGCGGUGGAGUGCUUGACUUCCGCAAAACGCCUCUUCAAGAACAGCGAUGGUACUUUGCCAGCAUGACGCAAACCGAUGCCAUUCGCGUGCUUGUUGAGCGCGCGCCAGCGGGCGGGUUCCUCGUGUUCCCUUCUGGGCCGCCGCAGGAGUACGAGGUGUGCGUCAAGGAGGGCGCACGUGACAUACGCAGCAUGAAGAUGAUUCCACAUGUGGAGGAGGACAGCCAGAUCUACUACACGCUGGAGGGGCACGAGAUGCUGUUCAGGAGCGUGGUGCUGCUUGUGUGGUACUUUGGCCACCACCCGUAUGCACACAGCGAGGACGGGCAGCCGCUCAUGUUCCGUCUUCCUCGCCGCCGCAAGUCCAAGACGCAGCAGAAGGAUGUGGACCGGCCCCGCUCACACAUUUCAAAGGAGAUUCCUGCGACCAAAAAGCGAGCCAGUGGCACCGCCGACGCAAGCGGCGAUGCACCGGCACAGCAACAGGCUGCCAGCACCGCAGGCACGGCAACGCAAAGCACGCACAUCUUAGAGCCCGAAACGCAGCACCAUCAGCAGCAGCAAGACCAGCAGCAGCAACAGCAGCAACAACAAGCGCAGGUGCACGGUGGCGAAGAAGGUGCGGCUGAGGUGUCACCGAGAACAGAAUCGCAACAAGAGCGCGCUGCACAAGGAGAAGAUGGCGAAACACUACAGAGAGAGGGGCAAGUGGCCAAGGACCAUGCCGAGCAGGACGCGGCAACCACUUCACCCGCACAGCAGCAAGAAGAAACGACGGAAGCUGUCAAUGUGGAGGUGGAGGAGGAAGGCGCACGGGAGCCAAGAGACGUUGAGCACGAGAGCGGAGAGAAAGGGAAUGAGGAGACAGCGAAGGUGAGUGACGAUGGUGGUGCUGGCAGUGUCAACGAGGAGGAGGAGAGAAAGGAGAAGGGGGAAAGGGAGAAGGAGGAAAAGGAGAGAAAGGAGAAGGAGAAGGAGGAAAGGGAGAAGAAGGAGAAGGAGGAAAGGGAGAAGAAGGAGAAGGAAGAAAGGGAGAGGAAGGAGAAGGAGGAACGGGAGAGGAAGGAGAAGGAGGAAAGGGAGAGGAAGCAGAAGGAAGAAAGGGAGAAGAAGGAGAAGGAGGAAAGGGAGAAGAAGGAGAAGGAGGAAAGGGAGAGGAAGGAGAAGGAGGAAAGGGAGAAGAAGGAGAAGGAGGAAAGGGAGAGGAAGGAGAAGGAGGAAAGGGAGAGAAAGGAGAAGGAGGAAAGGGAGAGAAAGGAGAAGGAAGAACAGGUGCGUCAGGAACGCGAAACCAAGAGGGAGAAGGAGAAAGAAGAACAACAGGACAAGCAGGAGCACGAUGCCUCUGCUACCUCCUCUGUGCCCUUGAGGCGAACCAGCGAUGAGGAGUACGCCAUGAGUGAGCGUGAGCGCCAGCUGCGAGACCUGGACGAAGAAGCCACCCGCACCCGCCUCAGCUCCAUCAGCUUUGACUUCACCUUCAACUGA